AGUUUCUACUUAUGAAAUAAUACCUUCGACCAUAGUACAUCAUGGAUCUCCAAAAUCUGUCCGCAGCAGAGCUCGUUCAAAAGUUCGACCAUGAUCGAACAAACACUGCUCUCGCUGAGGAAGUGCACCGUCGCACAAUCGACCCUUCCCUGAACGGAGAUUUAUUCCAAGAGAUAAAGAAUCUCAAAGAUUCCAUUGAGGGGGUUUCCAAGCCUGGCAAAGAACUCUUCAGACCUCGCCCUCCCCCCAAGGGCUCGUGGGCCAAUUGCAUCGGCCAGCAACAAUGCACACCCAAGUCCUUACGCUAUCCAAAGGGUCUAUCGGACCUCGUCCAAGCUGUCAAAGAUGGACGGGAGCAGAAACUUAAUGUCAGGGCUGUUGGCUCGGGACAUUCGUUCUCGGAUAUUUGUCCUACUGAUGGGAUUUUGCUUGAUCCACAUGGCAUGAAUAAGUUCUUAAAGUUGAACUCUGAUACUUUGAAAGAACCUUCUAAAGCUUCAGACCACGUGUUGGUUGAGAGUGGUAUCACGAUCAAGGAUUUGAACUCCCAGCUUGAUAAGAUGGGGAAAGCUCUUGCGACGAUGGGAGCGUAUGAUGGACAGACUCUUGUCGGAGCUAUAACGACUGGCACUCAUGGCAGUGGUAAAGACUCUGGAAAUCUUGCCAGCCUCGUUCGAGCUAUCAUCCUUGUCUCUGAGACCGGAAAGGUUUAUCAGAUUGAGCCAAAGGAUGGCGUCACGGAUCCUGCCAAGUUUAUCCCGGGCGAUGCUCAGGAGCUCAAGCAGGAUGAUGAUUGGUUCCAAGCUGCACUUAUCGCAAUGGGCUGUCUAGGUCUUGUCUACUCUUACAUCAUUGAAGUGGUACCCACGUUCUUCCUUAGCGAAGUCCGGUCAUUGACGACUUGGCAAGACUAUAAGACCCAACUUGCAGGUGGCCUUGCUUCUGCUCCUUUGCAGAAUCACUACUUCGAGAUCGACUUGAACCCUUAUGAAACACUUGGCCGCAACAUCGCCGUUACCACCAUCCGCACAUGCUCAACGGCUACAAAGCGCGAAGGCGGUCGUGGAUUCGAUAACUGGCUCGCAGGCCUCCUCGCCCAACACCACUGGGUCGAAGACAUCCUCGUCUGGAUCCUCAACCGCUGGCCGCUUCACAGCCCGGGCAUCAUAACCACCGCCAUGAAAAGCCUCCCCGUAAAGCACUACAUCGACAAGAGUUUCAAAGUUCUCAACAUCGGCGCCGUCGACGACGUAAAAGCCUACGCCAUGGAGCUAUCCUUCGACGCCAACCAAGACAUAGUCUCCAUCGUCGAUCGCAUCCUCGCACUAUUCCAAAAAGCAGCUAGUGAGAAAAAGUGGUUUCUUGCUGGGCCGUUUGCUUUGAGGUUUGUUAAGGAGUCUAUUGCGUUUUUGGCUCCGCAGCAGGGGAGGACGACGAUGAUGGUUGAGAUGGAUAUGUUGUUUGGGGUUAAGACGGGGGAGGAGUUGUUGAAGUUUAUGAGGGAGGAGUUGUGUAGUGGGGAGGAGGGGAGGGGCGUUAGGGUUCACUGGGGGUUGGAUUUGGAUACUGUUAAGAAGGGGGACUUGGAAAAUAUGUAUCCUGAGUCGGAGAAAUGGUUGGCUGUUUAUAGGGAGUUGAACUCGACGGGAAUUUGGAAUAGUCCUUUCACGGAGCGUCUGGGGAUUUCUAUGCCUAUGUAAUUAGCACACCUUUUGAAUUUCGAAUUUUCAUAUCUGCCUUCUUUAACUCU